UCAUAUCAUAUGCAUAUCACAUCGCAUAUGUCACAUUUACAGUUGUAAACAAGAUAAAGGGUUUACGCUUUUACACAAGUUUUACACAGAGAUCUUUUAGAAAAAUUAUAUUCAAAUAAUAGUUAAAACGGUUAAUUUACACAAUAAUUAUGAGUAGAAGAACUCGUCGUCAUGCAGCAGUGCUUGCUUUGAGAAGAUUGACUGAUGAACAUGAAAAUAUAGAUGUUGAUACAGGAUCUCCAGUACCCUUUAGCUUUAGACCAAAGAGGACCAAACCAAAUAAAAAAAGGAAAAGUACGGGUCCAUCUAAGAAAAAUUCGCCUAACACGCCAGUAUCUACAAAGCAUACGCCUACAUUCCAAUGUCUAGAUUCAGACUCUUCUGACAAUGAGGUUUCCAAUGAUCUGAAAAACGAAUUUAUGAAGAACAUCAAAAGUCAGGUUAACAAUUUUUUUAAGGCUGCAAAUUGUUCAGAUGAUGAGGAUGAUGAUAUCAUACAUGUACCUAUAGUAACUACAACCAUUAAACUACCACUUGUUGUCGAUGAUGAUAUACAUGUACCUUUAGAUGACAAUUUAGUCUAUAAACCAACAGUUGAGGAUGUUGAUGCUAUACAUGUAACUAAAGAUACUACAGCCACUAAACCAACAGUUCCCACCAAAUCUUUGUAUGUUCUAUCAGACUCUGAUGAUGAUUGCGGUGUGGUGUCUGCUCCAAACAUUUCAGAUCAGAUAGAGGAAGUUUCACUAGAAGGCGAAAAUAACCCAGAUCCAAAAGCCAGUGAAGAGCAAGAAUUGAUGGAUAUUGUUCAUAACAUAUUAGAUACUGAUACUGUAGAAGUUGAUACUAGUACCACAGAACCAGAUAAUUGGAAUAAAUUACAAAAUAAAGUAAAUGAAGUAAUGGAUAGUAUCAACUCUAUAAUAAGUACCAUAGACGAAGUGAAGGAAAAACCCAAAGAAGAAAAAUCUCCCGUUAAAAGCAAGCCAACUUGUCCUGUCUGUCUCGAAGUCCUGGGUGAUGAGGUUGUUGCUGGUGCGACUCUCUGUGGACAUAUAUUUUGUAUGACGUGUAUCAAAGAAGUAGCUAAGACCUCGAAGAAGUGCCCAACCUGUAGGAAAAAUAUCACUUUAAAGAAAAUUCAUCAGCUGUAUCUUUGAUCAUAUUCGACAUCAUUUUUUAUAUUUGUGAUAAAUUUAAGUUUAAAAAUCAAAAUAAAUAUUUCACAGCUAUUGAAAAUGGUUCUGAACUCGUUAUAAACAUCAUAGCUGCACUGUUGUCAAUUCAAAUGGUUUUUUUCUAAUAAAAGCAAUAAUACUUAAUAAAUUAAAUAAUAGGGUAUUGUUUUUGGAAGACUAAAAUGUUAUAAAUUGUAAUAUCUAGUAAAAAUUUGUUGGAUUUACCCAAAGGUGAAAAUUUGGUACAACAAAUUCCUGUGUUAGCAUUAAUUGAGAGUAUUGAGUAGAACACACAAAAAGAUUAGUUAGAAAACGUUUGCAAAACCUUUUCUUUGAUUAAUUUUUAAAUACAAAAAAUAAUGUGGUCUGAAAGGAAAGAGCGUAGGCGCAAAAUUUCGGGCUAAUGCUUUUUAAAUGCAUUAAUUUUUUUCAAAUCCUGAGAAAACUAAUAAAUUUUUUUGAAAAAUUUAAACGCAGAAUGAAAGCUUACAAUAUUACCGAGGGCCGAAAGUUCCCGAAAGAAACAAAUUUUUUUUUAAUGAGAUAUUUGAAAUUUAAAAUCACACUCAAUUUUGUCUUCUUUUUCACUCCUGUAACUUAUUAAAAUAAACAUAGAAGUUUUCAGUGACUUUCUGCACUCUGUAAUAAUGUAAUCUUUCAUUCUACGUUUAAAAUUUUUCAAAAAUACUUAUUAGUUUUCUCAGAAUUCGAAAAAAAAUGAAUGCAUUUAAAAAUCAUUGGCUUGAAAUUUUGCGCCUACGCUCUUAAGAGGCAUCUUGCACUAAAUAUUUAUUUUAAAUACCUUUAAAUGUGUUUUUAGAGGGUAAUGUAAAAAAAUGGCAACAUUGCAGAAUUUGAGUUCGGAAUAUAUAAUAAGUGAUAUUAAAUAUGCAUUUUCACAUGAUUCUGUAAUUAGAUCUAAAUUGUGUUUUUUUUUUAUAAGUUGAAUCUUCUGCGUUAGACUUUAGGAUUAUUUUAUUAAUUUGACAAAUGGUAAAACAUUUGACAAGUGGUAAAAACAUUUUUACUGGAACAUGCAUUAAAAAGCAUUUUCAAAAUUUCUAUAACUCUAAAAAUAAAUGUUCUAUAAAUUUAA